GAUGUUUGGACUUGGCGCGCAAACAAACCAUCCAAAAUAAACCCCUAUCCCUUUCUUUAUUAGGGUUUUACAAAUUUUGCAGAUUGUUUAUCCCCAAAACCCCCUUUUUCAGGCAAAACCCUACCCCUCCAACAAUGGCAUGAACCCGUACACAAUUCAACCCGGAACCCACUUCACACCCCCGAAUACCCGACCCGGACCCGCUACACCACACAUGGCUUUCGCCACUGGACUUCGUUUGCUCCGCUCUCACCCCCACACACUCUCCUUCUCCGUCGCCGGCCCGUCUCGCCUGCUGCUCGCGAGGCGGGUCACGGAGCUCCGUUUUCUCUCUUCUGUGGGCCCGCAGAGGAGGCUCUUUGCUGUGAAAGCUUCUUCGAGGAAGAGGGAGGAUGAAGUUGAGGAAAAUGGGAGUGUUGCUACUGUCAAGGAUGGUGGUGGAGGAGAAGGAGGCGAGGGCAGAGUAGUUGUUUACGAGCUGCACAAGGAGGCUACUGAGGCUUACAUGUCGUACGCAAUGUCGGUCCUCUUGGGCCGGGCUUUGCCCGAUGUUAGAGACGGGCUCAAGCCCGUUCACCGCAGGAUACUAUAUGCAAUGCAUGAACUAGGCCUUUCAUCAAGGAAACCUCACAAGAAGUGCGCAAGAGUAGUUGGUGAGGUUCUUGGUAAGUUUCAUCCCCAUGGAGACACUGCUGUCUACGAUUCAUUGGUUCGAAUGGCUCAGGAUUUCUCAUUGCGUUCUCCACUCAUUCGUGGACAUGGGAAUUUUGGCUCUAUGGAUGCGGAUCCUCCUGCUGCCAUGCGUUACACAGAGUGCAGACUGGAGGCACUCGCGGAGGCGAUGUUGUUGUCAGAUCUGGAGCAAGAUACCGUUGAUUUUGUUCCAAACUUUGACAAUUCACAAAAGGAACCAUCUUUACUUCCUGCUCGCAUUCCAAACUUGUUACUGAAUGGUGCUUCAGGGAUUGCGGUUGGAAUGGCAACAAAUAUUCCUCCACAUAAUCUUGGGGAGUUGGUAGAUGCGCUGUCUGUUUUGAUACACAAUCCUGAAGCAACGUUGCAAGAAUUGCUUGAGUACAUGCCUGGACCUGACUUCCCAACUGGAGGAAUCAUUAUGGGCAAUACUGGUAUCUUAGACGCAUAUCGUACCGGACGAGGCCGUGUGGUGAUCAGAGGGAAAACUGAUGUUGAGUUGUUUGAUUCUAAAAGCAAGCGCUCAGCGAUUAUCAUAAAAGAGAUUCCAUACCAGACCAACAAAGCAUCCCUUGUCGAGAAAAUUGCUGAACUAGUUGAAAAUAAGAUUUUGGAAGGAAUAAGUGAUAUACGUGAUGAGAGUGAUCGAUCUGGCAUGCGCAUAGUCAUUGAGCUUAAGAGAGGUUCAGAGCCAUCCAUUGUCUUGAAUAAUCUUUAUCGUCUAACGGCUCUGCAGUCCACAUUUAGCUGUAACAUGGUGGGGAUUCUUAAUGGCCAACCGAAACUAAUGGGUUUGAAGGAAUUGCUUCAGGCAUUUUUGGAUUUUAGAUGCUCUGUGGUCGAAAGACGUGCAAAGUAUAAACUAUCUCAAGCACAAGAUCGCUAUCAUAUUGUGGAGGGUAUUAUAACAGGACUUGAAAAUCUGGACAGAGUCAUCGACCUUAUCAGAAAAGCUUCUAGUCAUGUGUUGGCAACAACUGAAUUAAGAAAAGAGUUCGAUUUGUCUGACAAGCAAGCUGAGGCUAUACUGGAUAUAAGCCUUAGAAAGCUAACAUCUCUGGAGAAAAACAAGUUUGUUGAUGAAGGAAAAUCGUUGUCAUUACAAAUUUCCAAGCUACAAGAGCUUCUUUCAAGUAGAAAACAAAUUCUUGAGAUGAUAGAAGAUGAAGCAAAUGAAAUAAAGAACAAGUUUUUUACUCCAAGGCGUUCAAUGCUGGAGGACACUGAUAGUGGCCAACUUGAAGAUAUAGAUGUUAUCCCCAAUGAAGAAAUACUUCUGGCACUUAGUGAAAAAGGCUACCUAAAAAGAAUGAGGCCUGAUACUUUCAAUCUUCAAACACGUGGAACUAUUGGCAAAUCAGUAGGGAAACUGAGAGUCAACGAUACCAUGUCUGAUUUCCUUGUAUGUCGCACACAUGAUUAUGUCCUGUACUUCAGUGAUAAGGGAACAGUGUACUCAGCUCGUGCCUAUAAAAUUCCUGAAUGCAGUAGGGCUGCUGCUGGCACCCCUUUAGUCCAUAUCUUAUCCCUUUCUGAAGGAGAAAGAAUAACUUCAAUUAUUCCAGUUAGUGAAUUUGAAGGGGACCAAUAUCUUAUGAUGCUAACGGUGAAAGGUUACAUCAAGAAAGUUUCUUUGAACUAUUUUUCGUCGAUCAGGUGUACUGGAAUCAUAGCAAUUCAACUGGUACCUGGCGAUGAACUGAAAUGGGUGAGGCGUUGCACAAAUGAUGAAUUUGUGGCUAUGGCCUCGCAAAACGGAAUGGUGAUUUUGAGUCCCUGUGAGAAGGUUAGAGCACUUGGAAGGAAUACUAGGGGUGGGGUUGCCAUGAGACUGAAACCGGAGGAUAAAAUGGCUUGCAUCGACAUAAUACCCGCAUCUUUUGGCACAAAGUUGGAGAAAGGCAUAGAAACACAGCAGACACAUGGGAAGGGAUCUACUGGUCCUUGGUUGCUCUUCAUAUCCGAGAGUGGUUUUGGAAAGAGAGUUCCUCUUGCUAGCUUCCGAAUGUCACCACUAAAUAGGGUUGGUUUGAAAGGUUACAAGUUCUCAUUGGAGAAUCGUCUGGCAGCGGUAUUUGUAGUAGGGUUCUCUGUGGGAGAGGAUGGAGAAAGCGAUGAACAAGUUGUGCUGGUUAGCCAAAGUGGAACAGUGAAUCGGAUCAAAGUACGGGAUAUAUCCGUUCAGUCUCGCUAUGCAAGAGGGGUGAUUUUGAUGCGGCUCGAGCAUGCUGGAAAAAUCCAAUCAGCUUCUUUAAUAUCAGCGACAGAACCAGAGUCGGAGGAACUCGACGAGGUGGCAGCAGCUUAAUUGAUAUCAUAAUAUUUUUAUAAUCGAGUUUUGUUUAGAGCUAUGCUUAGAUAUAUUGUGUUGCUGGUAAAGCUUUGCUUGUAAAUCUUGUAAGCUCUUAACGGUGAAUUACUAGAGAUCGGAGAUGAUAUUUUUGGAGAAAACUUUGUAGAUAUAAAUCUUUAUUCCCGAUCUCUCUCUCUUAUCUCACACGGUUUACCGGAGUGAUG